UAGUGUAUCAGACGUUUCUUAGAUCGUGUAUGGAGUUCUGCUAGUGUUGAAGAUUUGGAUGAUCCACCUGCCAUAACAAAAGAACACAUGUCUUCCUCUCCUCCUUCCCUGGCCCAGUUUACAGGCAGUGACAAUUCCAUCAUUUUUAUUACACUAAACAAGGAUGGAGGGACUAGUCUUGGAUUCUCCAUAGCUGGAGGGAAAGGGAAUCAACAUGUUCUUGAUGAUAAUGGAGUAUUUGUUACAAAGAUAGCCAAAGGGGGUGCAGCUGACAAGCAUGGACAGCUUGAGGUUGGUGACCGGCUUUUAGAGGUGAAUGGGCAAAAUUUGGCGGAGAUUGACUACGAAGAUGCUGUAGCCAUUUUGAAAGCAACAGGACAAGAAGUGACGCUUAAAAUAGAAAAGAAUUCACUGCCACAAGAUAUAACUGUCACCUCUGACAAGGGAAAGGCUUUGGCUAACAAAGAACUCAUUGAUAAACCUCGUAUCAUAACCCUCAACAGACCGGAGGGAGAGGGGCUUGGUUUUAACAUAAUUGGAGGUGAGGAGGGAGUUGGCAUUUUUAUUAGUGUGAUUUCAAAAGAGGGUGUGGCUGCCAGAAACGGUCAAUUACGAGUUGGAGACAUGAUCCUAGAGGUGAACGGAAAUAAUUUGGAGAUGUGGUCACAUGACAUUGUGGCUCAAGUUUUGAAGGGAGCUAGAGAUACUAUCACUCUCAAAGUGGUUUACAAGCCAGAUGAGUUUGAAAAUUUUUGUCGAAAAAUGGACAUAAAACCAAAAGAGGAUGAGACUUCUUAUGUCAGUCAAAUGUCAGCUGAUGUUGCCAGUUUGAAAAAAUUGAAUGAAACAUUGUCAACUGCUCGAGAUCGGUUACAAAAAGAAAGAGAUCAGGAAUUAGCAAAGAACAAUGAAUUGAAGAAUGAAAUUACAGCGCUGAGAAAAGCUUACACUGAAAUACUUAAGAAAAGAGAUGAUUUACAGCAAAGUUUAGCUCAAUCAUCAGCAGAAAAGGGCAGCCUGAUAGAUCAGGUAAGGGAACUGGAAGAGAAAGUCAAGGAAUUAGAGAAUAACUGGAAGGUCAGUUACAAGGAUGUCACUCUAUCUCGUCACAAGCUAGGCAGUGGAGGCUGGGGUGAAGUUAUAAUUGGGAAAUUCCGUGGACAGAAAGUUGCAGUGAAGCGGUUUCAUGAUGCUAUAAUGAAUCAAGAGAAUAAUCAGUAUUACCUUGAAAUGCUCAAUCGUGAGAUAAACACAAUGUCUCAGCUACGUCAUCCUAAUCUCCUCCAGUUUAUAGGAGCUGUAUUAGACCAUCCAUCAGGUAAUCCUAUGAUUAUCACUGAAGUAAUGGAUACCUCAUUACGCAGUGCCUAUGAGAAGAAAGAGCUGACCCCUGACCUUGCUUGCAGGCCAGUGAUUCUUUCUAUAAUGCGUGAUGUAGCCGUUGGUUUAAACUACCUACACUGUCUACCUGAUCCUAUUAUUCAUCGUGAUGUCAGCAGUGCUAAUGUACUCCUUGAAUCAAAGGGCCCUGGAAAAUGGAAGACAAAGAUAUCUGACUUUGGGUCAGCAAAAAUGGCCCGUUUUGCUACUACAAAAGCAGCGGGAGCCAUGGUUUACAGUGCACCUGAGUGCCUCCAGACUGUGGUGGACUUUGAAGAGUCUAAGCAAUCACCUAAAGCUGAUGUCUUCAGUUAUGGGAUAUUGCUAUGUGAAGUAAUAACUUGUCGCUUUCCUGAGCAUCACAUAUUUCGUGUCUUAUUAGAUCAAGUUCGUUCAUCUGGGAGCUCUUUACAUUCUCUUGUUGUAUCAUGCGCUACUAAAGAUCCUGAGAAACGACCAACAAUGAAGCAAAUCAUUGAACAACUGGAUCGUAUUUGAGCAUAUUGGUAAAAUACUUCAUUUUUAUUUUUUAUCUUUUAUGUAUUUUAUUUUGUUUUCUACAUUUAGUUUUUAACUUGGCUCAUAGCUACAUGUACUUUUCACUAUUACAAUAUUAUUUUUUAAAAUAAAAAGUUCACAAAACAAUUUACACAAACAA